AUGAUAACUGAAGCGGACCUGGUUGACAGAUGCGAUAUAAACACCUCUGCGCUGUCAAUAAGCCAAAAGGCGGCUAUUACAAAAGCUGCACAAAUUAUCUCCGGUAAAACUUUCAUGCCGACAAAGGCCGACGAGCAAGGAACUAUCCUGUUCGACUUGCUCAUUGAAAUGCCCGCUGAAACUUCGCAGUUUCUAGCGGACAUUGAGCAAAGCGAGAACUUGGCCAUUACGAUUAAUAAAGAGAUGGCGGCCCUCUAUCGAAUGUGCAACGUCAACCUUAAGCCCAAACAGGCCAUCUACAACGAGGCGGAGUUGGCCGUUCUAUUAAUCGAUGCUAAGGGCGACGACGAGAAAUUAGUCGCCGAGUUCAAGUGGCUUUCUCAAAUUCUUUUUGAGAUCAAGGGAGAAAACCCCAUCAACUGCCAUCGCCACGGCAACUUACGUCACGGUGAUGAAGGAUCUACGCAUGUGGCUGCUAGAUCCCGAGUCGCUCUCGCCAUCCCGCUUGACGAACCUUGUGACUGGUAUCCGAAAGGACCUCGCGGUCCUCUUCGGAGAGAAGUCACAGGGAGUUUGAGGCUCGACGAGUUCCUCAAAAGCAGAAGACCGCCAAAACGCAAUCACAAAGCAAAAGGCGAUGGAGCUGGUGAGGGUCUUUUUCCCGACGCCGAUGAAAUGAACUCGCGGACUUACGUCGCGCUCGGUUUUGCGAAGAUCGACCAGGCGAUCGAGAAGGGCCUGGAUAACUGGGCCGAGAGCAAAAGUCCUCAACCAAAGCCCGAACCACCAAGACAAGUUGUCCAACAUCGGCCCGUCAUUACAACACCGACGGACGACGAUGGCUUUGAGGGAGGUUACAUGCAACACGUCAAAAGACGAAGAGAGAUGAACCGAAAGGCCCAAAUGGAGGCCGAGCUCCAUGUGUUUAGGCUGGAUAACGAAAAGGCAAAAGCGUGGCUCGGAGGCCUAAAGAACGGCGAAGGCCUCCCAGAUAAACGACAAGAAGUGCGCUCCCUCACACUUUAUCAAGAGGAAGAUGAUAAGUCGGCGCCUUACUGGUCGGACGCGCAAUGGAAACAGUAUUCAGUUGAAGCUUUACAGACGUUCCAAAGGGUCAUCGACGGCGACGUCGAGCCCGACUGGAACUUGGUACGAUUUCGCUCAGAAAAAGACUUCAAAUGUGGAACCUUUGCGGACAAUGUGGAUUUGUGGCUGAUCUUUAUUAAUUAUCUGCCAGAGAAACUCCGCCCGGAGGCGUACCAUGAUAUUCAUCAAGGAAUUUCAUUGUUUCAAAACCUCAUGCACGUGCCAGUUAAAAAGGCGAAGAGGUAUAAAAACUUCAAGGUGGCUUCGUACUACAAGACUAACCCAGACAACGAGCUUAAGAUGAAAUCAAGGAUGAAAGGCGAAGAUCGUUACCGAGUCGGAAAGUUCCAUUAUACAAGGCAAAUCCAUUAUCCCGUCUUCGCAGACGGUGAUAAUUUUGGUAAGCCUUUGGUGAUAAAAAACUCGAAGGGCACAAAUAAACACAUCGGAGUCAUCGCGAAUCAAAUUAAAAAGUGGAUGGAGUCGGCAGCGCUCGAAUACAGACCGCCGGAAGCAAAACAUUCGAUCCUCAUGAUGGCGAAUUGGGUAGUGGUGCCGAAGCAAGGAGAAGAGCAGUGGCGGACAUGCUAUAAUGGUGGCCCGCUCAAGGUCCUCGAAAGAUACACGCAACCGUGUCACCUUGAUUCAGCCGGCCAAGUCCUAAAAAUUUUGAAGAAGGGCGACCUUCUUUCAAAGUGGGACGAUAAAAGUGGCUUCCACCACCUCACACUCGACCCUUUCUCCCGCAACCUCGCUUUUUGCCAGCUAGGCGGAAACCUCUUUCGCUACAGAGGCGCGGCUUUCGGCCUUCCGGCCAUCCCUGGCCAUUAUCAACUAUGCAAUGGCACCCCAGUUAAUUACUUAAGAAAACAAGGAAUCAGGUGCUUUUUGUACUUGGACGAUAGGCUGUUAAUCGUGCGCCCCUCUUCUCCAGCUCAAGCCCGAAACUUCCUUAAUGGAUCCAAAACUCCAAGGGAACUUGUCGCAGCCCUUCUCCUCUUUACCUUACUCGGCACGUUCAUCAACCGGAAGAAGAGUACUCCGAGACCUUUGCAGGUCUUGGAGUUCCUCGGCUUCACGAUAAAUACGAUCGAUUGCACAAUCGCCAUCCCGAGAGCGAAAUGGGAACGCUUCAAACAGGAAGCCGCUGCAGUAAGAAAGAAAAACGUGUCCACGUGA